AUGUCUAGACAGCUGCAAUACACUCAGUCCCACAUGGUGUUCCUCAGCCGCGGGCUACAUUCUGCCCUAAUCUCCACAGAGUGUGCGGCUCAGCCAGCCGAGCUGGAGAUCACAUUAUCUCACCCACCGGGAUCGUUCCACAAUGCACAGUACCGCCCUCCUUUGUUACUGCAGAAGCAGUUGGUUUUGGCACAGGAAGACCACCACUCCUCCUCUUCGCUUGGUCCUAAGUCCUCUUCUCUUGCAGAACCCUCGAAGACCCUGAGUGUUCUGGGCGGUCAGGGCUCUGUCUCCCCCCUCAGCCGCUGGGUGCUGCAUAGCCGCAGUCGAGCAGCCAAUGCUUCAGCGCUGGAGCUGCCCUACCGCUCACCUGUGCCCUUCUCCAAGCAAGAGUUUUGGGAAAUGCUAGGCAGUGACCUCCUCAAACCUGACACCAACUCUGAUGACGAUGCCUCAGCGAGCUCUCGUGUCAAGCGCCGUCCCAUUGUCAAAACAGGCAAGUUUAAGAAGAUGUUUGGCUGGGGUGACUUCUACUCCAACAUCAAGACAGUGCGUCUCAACCUGCUCAUCACUGGCAAGAUUGUAGACCACGGUAAUGGGACAUUCAGCGUCUAUUUCCGGCACAAUUCUACAGGGCAGGGCAACAUUUCAGUCAGCCUGGUACCACCUGUGAAGGCAGUGGAAUUCGACUUGGAGCGCCAGAGCGUGGUGUACCCAAAGGACUCCAAGAUCUUUAACUGCCGUGUGGACUAUGAGAAGGUGGACCGCAGCAAGCGCACCUCACUGUGCAACUAUGACCCAUCCAAGACCUGCUUCCAGGAGCAGACCCAGAGCCAUGUGUCCUGGAUCUGCUCCAAGCCGUUCAAGGUCAUCUGCAUCUACAUCUCCUUCUACAGCACAGACUACCGGCUAGUGCAGAAGGUCUGUCCAGACUACAACUACCACAACGAGAUGCCCUACCUUCCUUCUGGAUAG